UGCUGACACAGGACAACAGCACAAACUAGAAAGACACACACACCUGCUUUGUCUCGCAUGCUUUCUGACCAUGAAGGUGGCUAUUCUGAUCUGUGUUUCUGUUCUCGUUUGUCUCUCUGCUUUUGCAGAAGUUGAUCAAAGUUCACAACCUAAAGAGGGUGACUGCGAUAAGUACGCAAACUCAGCAUGCACUCGUGAAUUUGACCCAGUGUGUGGUGAUGAUGGCAAUACGUACUCAACCGAGUGUGUUCUUUGUAUGGAAAAUAAAAACCGAAACCACCAUGUGAAAAUAAUGCACAAAGGCAGAUGUGGGUAACCCUGAAUAUGUCACACAGAGAAACUGCAUUGUGAAUUCUAUGCUUCUGGAGGAUGUCAGAUUACUAUUUACUAAUCACAGAUCACCGUUAUGACUUAAGUCUUUGUGUGAAACUGGCAUCUGAUGAAAUUGUAAGCCUGAAUUAUAAACAAUAAAAAGAA